UUUUAAGCUGGUCCUCUCUCUCAAUGUCCGACGACACCCCCACCUCAGAAACCACCACCAGCCCCGCCUGCACAUCGGAACCCACACCCUUCACAUCUCCACCGUCCGAUUCCCUCUCCAAAACCCAAUCUGCCAUCCAAUCACUCUCCUCCAUCCUCCCCUCAACCCUUCCUCCUCCUCUCUCUUCCGCUUUCUCUCUUCUCCAUGACCCCGAAGUCGCCGCCCAAAUAUCCUCCCUCCUCCGCCACCCAAACUCCGGAGCCGGCGACAACAAUCUCUGCCGCUGGCUCUAUGACACCUUCCAAUCUGGCGACCCGGACCUCCAACUCGUCGCCCUCCGGUUUGUACCCACCAUUGCAGGCGUAUACCUCUCCCGCGUCACUCUCCGCAAACCCCUCGCCGGCUUUGAGGCGGUCCUCCUGGCCCUCUACGCGCACGAGACGACUUCACGCGCCGGCCAGCCCGUAACCGUGAGCGUUCCCGACUUGUCGCACCCGAGCGUUUACCACGAAUCUAAAGCACCCAUUAACAACAACGCCGCAGAGCUUAAUCUUGCGGUUCUUUCCCCGACUUUGGAGCCUCAUGGAAUCGUGAGAUCUACGAAACGGGCUCGGAUUGUUGGGGUGGCGUUGGAGUUGUAUUACAGUAAGAUAUCCCAGAUGCCAGAUGGGUCAAAGAUUGAUUUCUGUGAGUUUUGUAUGGUUUGGUCUGGCCACGCGUACGACGAGAGCGACUGUGAAAUCAGCGAGAGGAUGGAGAAGGAGGGGAGGAUUCCUUUGCCAUGGGAGCUGUUGACACCGGUCUUGAGAAUCCUGGGUCACUGCAUUGUGGGGAAAAGGGAGAAGAAGCAAGUGUUUGAUGCGGCAUGGGCGGCGUGUAGGAGCCUGCAUGCGAGGUCUGUGCAUGAUAUCAAUCCUAGGGCUAUGUUGGCCACCGGAAGUCUGCUUAGCCUUGGGAAGAUGGAUAUGGAGCCCGUCGAGUGUUUUGAUCCGACCGAUAAUAUUCAUAACUCUGAUGUCCUUACGGUGGUCUCUACCUCCGGAACAAACAGUACAACACAUGUAGAAGAGUAGUAUUCAUACAUGCAUGCUUUAUAAUUAUGUGUUUAUCGGUUCUAUUAUAAAAAGAAAAAAAUUGAAGGACCAA